AUGAGGUCUCUGGUCUUCCUUGUGCUCCUGGGAGCAGCUUUUGCUUUCGAGGAUGACAAGAUUGUUGGAGGAUACGAGUGUAAGCGUCACUCCCAGCCCUGGCAGGUGUCUCUGAAUGCUGGGUACCACUUCUGCGGUGGCUCCCUGAUCAACCAGAACUGGGUUGUGUCUGCCGCUCACUGCUACAAAUCUCGUAUUGAGGUGCGUUUGGGCGAGCACCACAUUCAGCUCAAUGACGGCACAGAGCAGUUCAUCGAUUCUUCUCGCGUCAUCCGUCACCCCGAUUACAACUCUCGGACCAUUGACAAUGACAUUAUGCUGAUCAAGCUGAGCACCCCAGCCACUUUGAACUCGUACGUGCAGCCCGUGGCCCUGCCCAGUAGCUGUGCCCCUGCUGGCACCAGGUGCACCGUCUCCGGUUGGGGAAACACCAUGAGCACCACUGACGAUCGGAACAAGCUGCAGUGUCUGGAGAUCCCCAUCCUGUCUUUCACUGACUGUAACAACUCCUACCCCGGUAUGAUCACUGAUGCCAUGUUCUGCGCUGGAUACCUGGAGGGAGGCAAGGACUCAUGCCAGGGUGACUCUGGUGGCCCUGUUGUGUGCAACGGUGAGCUGCAGGGUGUUGUGUCCUGGGGCUACGGCUGCGCUGAGAAGAACCAUCCUGGCGUCUACGCCAAGGUCUGUAUCUUCAAUCAGUGGAUUGACCAGACCAUGGCAAACAACUAAAUCCAACUCCAGUCUAAACCUCCAUGAAAAACAUGCUAUGCUAAAGCAGAGUUUGAUAUCUGUUAGCA